AUGCCACCAAAACGUUCAGUUGCCGCUAAGGCCGAGGCCGCUCCUCUUGCCUACAAGCUACGUUACUGUGAUAAGGACAGCAUAUCCCCCAAUUUACACUGUUCGGUCUGUUGCGAGGUCUUCACUGACCCUGUCUGCGCUGUGCCUUGUGGUCAUACCUUCUGCCGUGAAUGCCUCUAUCAGUGGCUCGAGCUCAGAAACACAACCUGUCCAGAGUGUCGAGCAACGAUUAUCAAACAGAAUUGCCAUAACGAUCUCAUGGCCCGAAAGUUCUUCGAUGAACAGGACGUGUAUUGUCCAUUCCGAGGUUGCCAGUGGGACGGUAAGCAUGGGGACCUCGAGGCCCAUAUGGGAGACUGUGAUUGCGAUCCCAGUAGAGUGCCGGAUUUCUUAAAAUCGUCGUCCCUAGAUGAUUCAGAGGGUACAGUGGAUGGUGUGGUGAUGGGAGGGGCCCUUAGGAUGGAGUUAUUACGACAGAAUAACUCGAGCCUAUUGAAGGCAGCCUUCAAUACUUCGAUACUGGACGACGAUGAUGAGGACAACAUGACUCAGCCUCCCAAGCCCACAUGGAGGGAAAACCUUACCAGGAUCCUAGCAGGACCGUAUGGGGGGAUGAUGCUAGCUGAUUAUGGCGCAGAGGUGAUCAAAGUGGAGAAGCCUGGUGUUGGGGACGAUGCACGAGCCUGGGGUCCACCAUUCACUGAUAAGGGUCGUGAAUCUGCCUACUUUGUAGCUCCUAAUAGGAACAAGCAUAGCAUUGGAGUAAACUUGAAGACUCCUGAGGGUCAGCAGAUUAUUAAGGAUCUUGUUAAAGUCAGCGACAUCGUCAUAGAAAAUUACGUGCCGGGUACGUUGGCUAAGUAUGGGCUCGAUUAUGAAUCUUUGCGUAAGUUCAACCCAGCCCUGGUAUACGGUAGUCUUACUGGCUAUGGUGACACAGGACCGGACAAGGAUAGACCAGGGUAUGCUUUGAUGGUGGAGGGCCGUUGUGGUAUGAUGGCAUGCACGGGCAUAGGAGAUCAACCUGUUAAGAUUGGCGUCGCUUGGACCGAUAUCCUUGCUGGUCUACACCUUCACGGUGGGGUAUUGGCGGCCCUGUACAACGCCAAGAUGACUGGUCAAGGUCGGCAUGUGAAAUGCAGUCUGUUGGAGUCGCAAGUCUCUGCUAUGGCUAAUGUAGCCAGUGGUUACCUUAUAGGUGGUGUAGAGUGCGCACGUAUGGGGACGCAGCACCCGAAUAUCGUCCCGUAUGGUGCUUUCCCCACCGCUGAUGGUCACAUAGUUGCUGGGGCAUUGAACGAUGCUCAGUGGAAGAGUUUUUGUAACGUCUUGGGCAGACCUGAUUUAGAGCAGGAUGAGAAGUUCAAGACCAACGAAGCACGCUGUAACCACAGAGAUGAGCUCAAUGGUAUCUUAAAUGAGAUACUUAAAACGAAGAGGACAGAGGAAUGGAUGGCCCUACUUGACGCUUUGCCGCAUAAGGAGCGACUCGCCCAUGACAAGCUUCAGAAUAUGCAAGGGGUAUUCUCUGACCCGCAAGUGUUGGCAAGGGGGAUGAAGUUGACAGUAGAGCACGCUACUGCGGGUACGGGUUUUGUUGCUAUCGUCCUACCUCACGCACUGUGCUCAGGUCCAAUUGAUGUUGUUGGUCCCGCGGUAAAGUUCGAGCCGGCGCCCUCCAAGGAGGAGAAGUCCUUACCACCACCAGCGCUUGGUGAACACACUAAAUGGGUGCUGCAAAGGUGCCUGGGCUACUCUGACGAGAAGAUAGCGAGGUUGGCUGAAGACCGGAUCGUCCACAUCAUGUCCAAUGAGCCUUUGUAG